AUACUAGUUGAGACCAUGGGAGCGGCGUUGGCAAGAGCAGCUCAGUGGACUGCUGCUGGUUCUGCAACUGGCACACUUGAAAUCACCCCUUUGAACGAAUCUCUUUUAAAUCAAAUUAUUAAGUUUGCGGAGGACUUCAGCACUAGGCAUCCUCAGGAAGCAGCGUUUGUCUUCAGAGAGCCCCUUGAGUGGAAAACGCAAUUGGGCUGUUCAGUAUUUGAAGAGGGUUAUGAGAUCCAUGGAGCAACUGUUCAGUCUGAAGCCAAAGGUAAAGAUGGCCAGCCAUUGCUUCUCCUCACGGCAUCAACUCUCAGAGUUCGCAGUUUUGACCAGCUGUCCCGUUUGCUACAAAUUGCUAUGGAAAAAAAGUUAAAGGAAGCACAGGCAUGCCUUGAAGCUAACAGAGAUCCUAUAAUGAAAAUUCUUGGCCCUGAAUGUGGGACUGUUGAAGGAGAAGAUAUGUCCAUGUUGCAUUUACUUGAAAAAGUGAAAAAAGAUGAUGACCCUGAAACAGAGAUGAAAAUGAAAAUCUGUCGUCUUCUUCAUCAGCUUGAUUUGCAACUGCUUAAUAGUUCUUUGAAACACAUUUCACAAGACGUAAGACUUAAUCCAGCUGCUAUAAAUAACGAAGUGAAUCUUCUCAAGAAUUUCUCUGGGAGAGGAGAAGAUACAGUACUGGAAUCAUUGGAGUAUACAUCAGAUUACAUGUUCUGUAAUGGAUGCCGAGCUCCUCCCUGGAGACAAGUGCAUGGAGAAAUUUGUUAUUUAGUCAUCAAACCACAUGACACUGAUCCUUUGUAUAUCACUUGCAGCACAGCAGGAGUGUUUUUAAAUGGAGGUCAGCAAAAGGGUAAAGAUGACAUUGACUAUGAAAGAAAAAGUGAUGUAUAUAAAGAUAUUGUCACAUUUUUAAGGGAGAGAUCACCUAGAUUUGUAGAAAAUAUGGCUAAACAGGAAUAUAAUUUUUUUAAAGAACCAACAUAUGAGAAGAAUUAUCAGCGUAUGGAAGUAGUUGAUGCUAAGGUCUCUGGCCAGUCCCAGAACCUUUAUGAUCUUACAGAAAAGAAUGUAUGUGAGAAAGUGAAAAGUUCUGCAGCAAGAAGGAGAUCCAUUGACAAGAAAAAGCUAGAACCAUCUAUGAAGUGGAAGAAUACUGGGCUUUCUGCUUCCCACAGAAACAAAUAUUUUAGUGACAAGGCCGCAAAAAAAGAUACUGAAGAAGAAGGGAGAAGUAGUACUGUGUCUCUGAAAAUCAAAAAGAAAGCCAGUGGCAUUUCUUCUGAAUCUGUUAAAAUACAACGAGCUUCAAAAUGUAAAACAUCAGGCAGGUUUGAAGACAUUAGUGAAAGUUCGUCAGAGACUGAGGAAGAUGAAGAACAGCCUGUACGUCAUCAGGAAGGAAACACCGAUUUGCCAUCAGAAUACUGGGGAAUUCAGAAACUUGCAAAAUAUUUAAAGGGGGGUAAUCCAACAGCUACUGUAAUCGCAUUGUGUUCAAUGAGAGAUUUCAAUCUGGCUCAAGAAACUUGUCAGCUGGCCAUCAGAGACAUUGGAUGUCUUGAAGUGUUAAUUAAUUUACUUGAUACAGAAGAAAUUAAAUGUCAAAUUGGUUCAUUAAAAAUCUUGAAGGAAAUUAGUCAAAAUACACUGAUCAGACAUGCAAUUGCAGAUCUUGGGGGCUUACAGAUCAUGGUGAAAAUACUGGACUCUCCAGAUAAAGAUCUAAAAUGUUUGGCAGCUGAAACAAUUGCUAAUGUUGCUAGAUUUAAACAAGCACGAAGGACAGUAAGGCAGCAUGGAGGUAUCAAGAGAUUGGUGGGGCUGUUGGAAUGUAUUUCAGUGGGAUCAACCAGUCUAACACCGUACCAAUCAAAAGAUACUGAAAUAGCACGCUGUGGGGCUUUGGCACUCUGGAGCUGCAGCAAAAGCACCAAAAAUAAAGAAGCAAUCCGUAAAGCUGGUGGCAUUCCAUUAUUAGCUAGAUGGCUCAAUUCUUCACAUGCAAACAUCUUAACCCCAGUAGUGGGGACACUACAAGAAUGUGCCUCAGAGCCAAGUUACAGACUUGCAAUAAGGACAGAAGGAAUGAUUGAGAACCUUGUGAAAAAUCUGAGUAGUGAGCAUGAGGAGCUUCAGAUGCAUUGUGCAAGUGCCAUAUUUAAGUGUGCGGAAGAUAAAGAAACACGUGACCUGGUUAGACAGCACGGAGGUCUACAACCACUGUCUGUUCUGCUUGGUAACUCUGAAAACAAACAACUUCUAGCAGCUGUGACAGGAGCAAUCUGGAAAUGUGCAAUCAGUGGAGAAAAUGUGUCAAAAUUUCGGGAAUAUAAAGCCAUAGAAGCUUUGGUAGGACUGCUUAGUGAUCAGCCUGAAGAAGUCCUUGUAAAUAUUGUCGGAGCACUGGGAGAAUGUUGUCAAGAGCAAAUAAAUCGAACUAUUAUCCGUAAAUGUGGUGGCAUACCACCUCUAGUGAAGUUACUUACUGGCACUGAUCAGGCACUACUUGUGAAUGUCACCAAAGCAGUGGGAGCUUGUGCAACAGAACCUGAAAAUAUGAUGAUAAUUGACCAUCUAGAUGGAGUUCGUUUGUUAUGGUCAUUGUUGAAAAAUCCUAAUCCAGAUGUUCAAGCAAGUGCAGCUUGGGCUAUUUGUCCUUGCAUUGAAAAUGCUAAGGAUGCUGGGGAAAUGGUUCGAUCCUUUGUUGGUGGCUUGGAACUGAUAGUCAAUUUGCUAAAAUCAAAGAAUAAAGAAGUUUUAGCAAGUGUAUGUGCAGCAAUUACAAAUAUAGCUAAAGAUGAAGAAAAUUUAGCUGUUAUAACAGAUCAUGGAGUCGUCCCUCUGUUGUCCAAACUAGCAAACACAAACAAUGACAAAUUAAGACGUCACUUAGCAGAAGCCAUUUCCAACUGUUGCAUGUGGGGGAGCAAUAGAGUUACCUUUGGAGAGACAAAGGCUGUAGCUCCUUUAGUACGUUACUUGAAGUCAAAGGAUCCAUCAGUUCAUAGAGCUACAGCUCAGGCUUUAUAUCAACUUUCAGAGGAUCCCAACAACUGUAUCACCAUGCAUGAAAAUGGAGUGGUGAAGCUCCUACUGGCUAUGGUAGGCUCUACAGAUGAAACUCUGCAGGAGGCAGCAGCUGGUUGCAUAGCAAACAUUCGCAGAUUGGCUCUAGCAACAGAAAAAGCAAAGUAUGGCUGAUGCUUUAGCAGCUUUUACCAACAAACUUGUUCUGCAAUACAGCUACAUUUAAAUACAUGAUUACUCCUUCUAACAUCUGUAUUUCACAGCAGAGCUUAUUUAUAUGAGGAUAAUUCAAUAAUGAAAAUAAAUCUGUGGAAAAUUAUGUUUGUUUUUACAUUAUUGGUUUGUCAUGCCUAGGUUUUAUAAAACACACCUAGUUUUGUGUGUCUUUUAGUAUUACGUCUUUCAAAAGACUAUCAGUUAAGAUAUGUCAAAGGCAUUUUCUACAAUUAAUAUGCUUGCAUUUGAAAUUCAUUGUAGAUCUAAAUGGUUUUGCUUAUCUGUGACAUUACAGUAAAUUUUCCUUCACUCUGUGUGUGGUUGUGCAGUGAUUUAUGAAUGUCUUGAACAAUUCCCUUCGUGCUAAACUUGUCCAAUCAUCCUGUCAUUAUGUUUUUGCCUGUUUGAUCACUUGCAAUUCACAGGAGAGGACAAAAUGCAGAUACAUCAAUCUCACAUCUGGUAUUACAUAAGGACUGCAAACAGCUGUAGCAGUAGACAUCACUCCAAAUUUCCUGUUUCUACCAACAUCAAACAAAAUAGUGCUUAAUUUUAUAAGUAGCUGGUGAAAUGUGUUUUAAUUAACAUGUGUUUAACUCAAAUUAAAAUUUACCAGCUGUAAAUAAAAAGCAGGGUAUCAUAUUUACGUUUACACAUAAUCUUAUUGUGGGUUUUUUCAUUUUUAAACUGAGGACAACAUUGUAUUGAUGUAGUUACUUUAUUUUUCUGCAUAAAAUUAUGUUCAGAAUUAGAGCUGCCUUCAAAAAAGCACAUAAAUGAUUAUUGAUGUUAUAGAUUACAGACCCACUGUACGUCCCAUGCUCAACAAAUAAUACUAAGGCAUUUCCUUCAGAGCAGUAAUGUCUUAAUUACAAGCACAAACUGCUGACAAAACUGAAAAAACCCAAAUGUUUAAAUAACUUGUGUUUGUCAAGUGCUCACUUCUGAAAGAUUUUUUUACUUCCCUUAAUAAUUAACAAUUUUCUUGUUUUGGAAGCAGUUUGUAAUGCUGUAAAAUAUGCCAUUUUACAAAAUAAUGUAAAAUAAUUUUGUCAUUAUUUUUCCUCUAACUAGCAUGGCUACUCAAGGCAACUAGUUUUACUGCUGACAGAAGCUUCUAAGGAAGACAUAAUGCAAAUCCAGCUUUUUCUUUGUGUUUUCUCUGAAGCAGACAUGAAGGCUCAUUUAAAAUUUCAUUUUAGAAGACUGAUGCAAUUCUGAAAAAGGGGGAUUGCAUUGGGCCCUUAGAGAAGGUGUAGAGAGUAUUUUAAAGGAAACCAACUACAGACAGGUGCUGACAGUGUGGAGAUCAAAAUAUUAAUCCAAGUAGUAUUUUUUGAUCAAUGCAAACACCAACGUAGUCAUGGGGUUCUCACAAGUUCAUCAGCAACCAGUGACCAAGCAAAUGCUAUUUUAGGUAUUUUCAAGCUUUGUCCCAUAGGCCUGGUAUGUUAUUUUGAA